AUGGCAACAAGAGACAUAACAUCAUCAUAUAUUUUAUCAAGAACAGAAUGUAAAAAUCGUGCAAAAAUAAUAAAUAGUGCAAUUAAUAUUAAUAUUAAAAAAUCAGGAUCAGGUUAUAAAAGAUUAGAAGAAGAGAAUUAUCAAGAUAUUGAUAUUGAUAAUAAUAAUAAUAAUAAUAAUAUAAAUAAUAAUAAUAUAAAUAAUAAUGACAAUGAUAAUGAUACUACUAAUAAUAUAAAGAACAGUAAUAAUAAUAAUGAUAUACAAUUAAAUAUACUCGAUACUGAAAUAAAUAUAGAACAAUUAAAUUCAUUACCACCAUGGAUUCUAAAAUUAAAUGAUAUAGAUGAGAAUAUUAAAAAAAUUAUAUCAUUAAUUGAAAAAUUUAAAAAAUAUUUAAAAGAAGAUAUUGAUAAAAUUUUAGCAGAAGAUAUUGAAAUGGAAAGUAGAAUUGAUUGUGAAAGAUCAAUUGAACUUUUAACGAUGGAAACAAUUAGAUUAUUUCAUAAAACAUUUGAUAUGAUAAAGUAUUUAAAUAAAAGUAAUAAUUCAAGUCAAGGUGAAAAUAAAAUGAAAAAGAAUACACAGAGAAUGAAAUCUGCAAAAUUAAAAGCAUUAUUAAUAACAUUCAAACAUAUUCAAAGGUCAUAUUUAGCAUUGUUAAAGAAAGUAUCAAGUUUACAACGGAGUUUAUCUUCAUCAUUUUUAUAUAGAAGUGGUGAAUAUGAUGUAAAUAAUGAUAAUGAAGAUUAUGGUGAGAAUAGUAGUAUUAGCAAUUCACAUUAUCUUCAACAUCAUCACAACAACAACCACCACCAUGAAGAUGAUCAUGAUCAUGAGGAAGAUCAUGAAGAGAUUAUGGAUGAAUUAAAUGAAAUGGCAACUACAUUAAUUGAAAGACAAAGAGUAUCUCAAUUAAUUAAAGAAACUUCUCAUUUAAUUCAAGACGUUGGCUCAAUGUGUGUAAAAAAAGAUUCAAUUUUUGAUAGAAUAGAUUACAAUUUAGCUGAAGGUGAAGAAUUAGAAUUUAAUGGUACUAUUUUAAUUUGUGAUGGUAUUACUAAUGGUUAUGAAAGACCAGAAAAUGAAAAAAGAAAAAAAUUAUUAUUGAUUUUUGCUGUUUUAAUCAUAGUAAUAUUGUUCAUAUUUAUUUUAAAAUAUGUAAUUGAAAUUUAA